CGCGACCGACCUGGAUUCACGCCGCUCGCCGGCACUCCGGUCAGCCAAGGGGUCCGAGUUUCGUCGAAACGGAGAACGGGGCUCCCCCGCCCCCGCCGCGCAUCCCCGUUCACGGUAAUCUCACGCGGGCAACCUGUUUUCAUGUUUUCAUGUUUUCAUGAGGCGCGAGAUUCCGUCGCUCGCGCACGCUUUCGUCCAGUGUUCCCAUCCGUGCAGUUGGACUCGUAGCCCGGCGGUCGGUGGGAUCUCCGUCAAAGAUCGGGUUCAGUGCGAUCGCGAUUGCGAAGCUAAACAACUCUUGGUGAAACGUUUCCAAGCGACGUGAAGUGGUCCCAGAGUGGAACCGUGAAGAUACUCGCUCCCUUCAAGAUGACAGAGAGGCCAGCCUCGAGAGAGGCUCGUUGGUCCUUGACUGGUCUCUCGCAACAAGCACGGAGGCGCGAUUCGAGGAUGGAUUUUAUUUUCUGAAGGCAGAAUUGGUGUGUGUGUCGAUGAACAGGGUUGUUGUUUAUGCGUCAAAGGGAACCGAUGGUCAAACCGAGUCAGUGAGCGAGCCCAGUGGAAUUUGUGUCACAGUGUUACAUGUUGAAUUGGUCGAAAAACCAAACGAAGAGACAGACGACGAGAGAUCUGGUAAGGUCUCCCCAAUGUACAAACGGUACCAUCAUCGAUAUACAUACCGGUAGAAACAAAAUGGCCGCCGUUCAUAGGAAGAUUUACGAGGUGACUCGAGUUAAAUCGCUCGUGUAAUAAAUCUAGACUGCACCGAGCCUGAAGUCGUCAUAAUCUAGUCGUCUAAUCUAGACGAGUUCUUUUCGAGUCCAUCUUCUUUCUCAGCAGCAUUCCAUCAUCCACCUGAUCAUUCCGCGCAAUGUUGCUCCGUAAAUUGCCGUAAACGCGCGACGAUUCGAUGAGGAUAUCCACCGACUGAAGUACGUUCACCCUAGUGGAAGCCGAUUCCAAGCGCCGAAAGUCCACGCGUGCCGGCCAGGCACCAUGUCGGAGCACGGCGACAGCGACAUGGACGCAACGGAGGAGAUCAACGUGGAUGACUCGGACUCGCGUAGCUGCAGUCCGCGGAAUUACGCGGGCCAUGACGGCCGCCACGUGUCCCAGGACGCCUCCGAGUGCUCCACUUCGCCGCCACCCAGCCAGACCGGCGCGAGAACGCUGUCGAACGACUCUCCCCGCAGCCACCCGUUUAGCAUAAGUCGUCUACUGGGCGAAAGCGGGGUGCAGAACCCCAAAAGCCCGUCCUCGGAGGAGCCAGACAGUGAUAAGGAAAGAAAGUGGUCCUGGGAAGAAGGCAACAACAACAAUAAUAACAACAGUCAAGCACCCUCAGGUGGUGUUCUGGACGACGGCAGGCGGUCCUGGGGCCACGAUGCUGAGGAGAAGCUGUCGGAGAAGGACGACGACGAUAGUGCACCGGACACUCGCGCCAACUCAUCCUCGUCCAUUCACUGCGCCUCGGCGGCGGAUCUUCUCGCCCCCUUUAGGUUGUUUCCUGCCGGCACCGGUCUCAUCUACACCGGCGGUGGUGUUAUAAGGGUGCCGGCGCAUCGGCCACCGGGCACGAACGGCGCGCCCGCCGGUGCUCUGCCCGCACAGGCGCUGAUACCACCCUGGAGCUUGCAGGCCCUUCAGCACAGCCAGCAGCAGGCGGCCGCGGCUGGUCUGCACAGGGCGAGUAUCCUGGCGAACCUUGCCGCGCACCCUCUACAGGCGCAUCCACAUCUUAAGGAUAGACUAGCAGUGGCCGGUGCAUUUCCGAGACGGAUCGGUCAUCCUUAUCAGAACCGGACACCACCGAAGAGGAAGAAGCCAAGGACCAGCUUUACGAGGCUGCAGAUUGCGGAGCUGGAAAAGCGCUUCCACAAGCAAAAGUAUCUGGCCUCGGCCGAGCGGGCGGCGUUGGCCAAGUCGCUCAAGAUGACGGACGCGCAGGUGAAGACCUGGUUCCAAAACAGGCGGACGAAAUGGAGGAGACAAACGGCGGAGGAGAGGGAGGCUGAGAGACAGGCGACGAACCGGCUGAUGUUGUCGCUGCAGGCUGAAGCUCUCGGCAAAGUGGCGUACCCGGCAACAGUAUCCGGGCAUCCGGGAGGCACACCAGUGUCCAGCCUAGACAGGCCACAGGCAUCGGCGACAGCUCUGACCCAUCCGGUGGGCCAGUGGGCCUCUCCUUACGGCCCACCGCAACCCCUCGCCGAGCCAAUUUGCUGAAGCUUAACGACGAUCCCAGAGACUCCCGGCGCCAAGUGAAUCGUCAUCUCGGCCUACUGCGUUUUGUGUCUCUUGCCGCAUCAAACUUCCGAACGAAACUGGAGCACGAACUCCGGACGUACUCGCUCGGAGUUUGCCAAUUUCGAUCCGCCCUCCGUAUUUUUGUCCUCUUCGUUUGAUUCGCUUGUCGAGACAGCGAAGGAACGCUCACUCCACGCUCACCGACCGAUUACGGGACGACGUAUAGCGGAGGUCCUUUUCUUUCUCUUAGAAUAGUUGCGAACUGUAGGCUACUAGCAUCGCCUUUCUUCUGCCUUACGAGUAUUCAGGCGACCACCGCGUACAUGAACGUCCUAAGGAGCACCGCGAGAUCGACUGUACAUUGCCUUACACAGAGCGUAUCUUCGGAGUAUCGUACUACUUGAUAGCCAAUCGAGGUUUUGCCAUAUGAUUACCAGGGCGGGCGCGAGAGAGGCGAUGAUCUCGGUAAAUUUGUCGUGUACGAACGAUUGGAAAUCGACGUCCGUUUCUCUUCGGUCGGAUUUUUUGUCGCAAUUAGCUCUGAUGGACGCGACAUAUCGACACGUGCGCGUCUCGAGUCAAUGAAAUAGAGUUUCGGAGAUGGAAAAUUUCUCCGAACGUUAUUUCCACAUCGCGUUCAGCGCUGACCUACACUCGAUCGUUUCCGAGAGGCAGCCGAUACGUUUCUCGCGUUACGCAUAGUCGAGAGAUCAUCGAUCGAAGAGCGAUGGCUGAUGGCCCGUAUUCGCAUCGUUAAUUAUAAUAUUAUCGUUAGAUGGCCGGGGCAAUUUUGAAUUUUAUCGCGGACGCGCCAGCAGACGACCGGGAGUACAACUUCGUUGAUACAGUUUUUGCAAUUCGGCCUCUCUUCAUCGAGCGAGGAUAUUUUUUCAUGAAAUGCGAAUGCGGGCCUGACGGGACAGCUGACGUGACAUAUCUGUGUACAUACUAGCUGCUACAUAGUUGUAAUUAGGCAUUAUAUACUUGUACGAUACGAAAUACUUGUAUACGCAAAAACGCGCUGUCGUGCCAAUGUAUCGACGGCGAACGUUCCCCCUUUGAUUGUUAGAUACGUCCUGUAUAUAGGUACCACUUUCGUGCGAGCUGCUGCUACGCGCGCGACGCAAGAUGCAAUCAAGAUUAUAUUAUCUCGGAAUAUUAUACAUAUAUGAAGAUAUAUUGCUACCACUAUAUACCAUACACGCAUACACACACCGAAACACAUACACGUACACACUACGAUCGUCGUCGUCGUCGUCAUCGUAUGAUUAGACA